AACAAGCUUAAGCCGUCAAUCGCAUAGGAAGAACCGUGAGACCAUAAGAGAAUUUUCCUGCUGCAACAAAUACGAAAUUAUUAUCCGUUUGUCUCAUAUAGUUGGAGGUUGUGAUGGAUGUGUCUGCCCAUAGUCUAUUCCUCCUGCAGCAGCUGAACGUCCAAAGGGAGUUUGGCUUUCUGUGUGACUGCACUGUUGCCAUUGGCAACGUAUACUUCAAGGCUCAUCGUGCAGUCCUCGCUGCGUUCUCAAACUACUUCAAAAUGAUCUUUAUCCAUCAGUCCAGUGAGUGUAUCAAGAUCCAGCCCACAGAUAUUCAACCAGAUGUCUUCAGCUACCUGUUACACAUAAUGUAUACUGGCAUGGGUCCCAAACAACCUGUAGACCAGAGCAGACUUCAGGAGGGCAUCAAGUUCCUUCAUGCAUACCAGCUCUGCCGUAAAAUAGGUGAGGGUGGCCUUGAUGCAUCCUCUGACCCCAAUCGUAUGUCCAACCUAUAUGGUAUACAGAUCUCUUCACAGCUAGCCAAUAAAGAGAACUCAGGCUUGAAGGCUGGUGGUUCACGGGACCCUGAUGACGGGCGCUCCAGUACAAAGGCUGAUCGCACACACGGACGAUUAACACUCGCUGUAGGGCUAGAGGGCGCGUCUGAGCGGCAGCCUCAAAGCUUCUGCGCCGUAUCCUCAGUGGCCUCCUGGGAUGACACUGACAUCUCUGCACAGAUUAAGCAGGAGAGGAUAGAGGAGGAAGAACAUCAACAGGAAGGCGAGAAGGAGCCUUGCUCUCUCUCCCCAACCCAGGUGAGCCCCUGCCAAGCAGUUCUAUUCAAGAAUGACACUCUAGCACUUUUGUGUCCCCGGUGUGGUGAACGCUGUCUGUCACCCGAAGGCCUACAAGAGCACCUUUUUACCCACGCAGCCUGUGCCAUCGAGCCUAGCAGUCUGAUGGAGGGCUCUUCAGAGGACAAAACAGGGGAGCAUAAGGAGCAUGUGAACACUGGUAGUUUGGAGGAGGCCCUACGGCACAGCCAGGCCCUGGCAGAAGAGCUGGCUGUAGAACUUAGGCGAGGUGACGGGACUGGAAGAAGCGCCAGUCCGUUGGCAGCCUUGAAACGAAAGAGAAAGAUGGCCUGUGCCGUUUGCAACCUAGGCUUUUCCCAGAAGAGCCAGCUGCAGGAGCACAUGUUCGCCCAUGUGGGCAAGCCAUUACGAUACCACCGCUACAGUCGUUUCUGUGGGCAGCUACUCCAUGGUUACGAGGUCCAGCCAGAAAUUACAGCAGCCACGGGAGAGGAAGUAGGCAAGGACACUCAGGAUAAUGGCAGUUCCUGCUACUCACUGGACUCUGAGGUCUCUCAGGAGAGUGUAGACGCAGUGACUGUGGAAUGAUGUGUGGUUAUGUAGUCUUUGACUUAAAUCUAUACAACCACUGUCUGUUAAUUAAUUUUGUUUUCUGCCUCAGCAUUAAUACGCUUAUGUCCUGUCUCAAAAGUCCUUAUCAGUAUGUUAUACAAUACAUACAAGAAUUUUGUUUAAGACUUAGUGUUGAUGAUUGUAGUAUUGAUGUCUAAUGAUGUUGUUGACUCUUGGAUGACUGAACACUGUUGGAUUUCUAUGACAGGUAUUGCAGAUAUAUAAUAUACUCAAAGAAAGUGUUAAAUUGACAAGCAUGUGCAAAUGAAACUCAAUCAGCACUGAAUAUAAAAUGCCACUCAAUGAAUGACCACAAUCAUAAUAUUUGUUUUAGAGGUCAUCUUAAGCUUAUUAUGUAACUAUGUCUCUAUUUUUUUCAGUUGUGGUCUAUUGAUUGAAAUUGACUGAGCAGAUAUUCUAAAUGAUUCCUUCUCUAUAAAUCGAGAUCAAUUUUCUUCAAAACUGGUUCAGUGCCUUAGAAUAUUUUGCCAAACAUAGUAAGCACUUAAACUAUUGUUUAGCCAGUUGAACUAAAUCCAGAGGUUCUAUUUCAUUUUUCAAGUAAACAUACAUUUAAACAGUGCCUAUUUUUUGCAAAGUUGUCCAAGACGUCUACACAAUCAGAGUAAUCUGUAUUAAGAAUGUGUGCACGCGGUGCUUUUCUAAAAGUAUUUUGAUAUGUUAAAAUACUUUCAAGAUUAUAUUGUGUACGAAAUGUAAAGUACAAACCAACUUUGCUAGAAAAAUUACUAUAUAAACUGGGACAGUGUAGAAUUACAAAAAUGGGAAAUUGCUAUACUGUUAUUGUCAAACGCAACACCUCUAGACAGAUAAAGCCUGAAGCACCUGAUCUGAGACAUAUGAAAAAAUCACAUGAUUCUUCAACUUUAAGACAUCAUGGAUGGUAUACAUGGUUUCCUUUGUGCUGUAUUUGAACUGUCUAAACACCAGUCUUUGCAGUUAUAUUUAUUGAAUACUCAAACUGAGGAUGGUGUACUGUGAUGAGUAUUUAAAAUCCGCGAAACUUGCAUUUGUGUUAUUUGUGUGAUGUGUAGUGCAUUCAAACUGUCCCUUUUCAAUUUA